AUGCGCUUCCUUACUCCUCUCCGCCCAGCAAGCCGCAUCGCCCCGCGCUUCAUCCGUCCCUUUUCCCAAGCCCGCCCCCUCUUCAAAGAACAAGUCAAAGACAGCAACGGCAGCUUCGUCGACGGCCUCGCAGAAGGCGAUGCAAAGGGUCGAACAGGAGGAGGCGAACCUCUCGAUGCAUCUUCCGAGAAUGCACCACCUCAGCCCAAGGUGUCGAACCAGAGCAUUCCCGGCAACCAGACGGACACUUUGACGGAGGAGCAGAAGCGUGAGGUUGAGGAGCACAACCGGGACUUUGAUGAGAAGCAUGAUCGGGGAAACAGAGCGCCUGGUGAUAAGGUUGAUAAGAAGUUCUGGGCGGGAGAGAGACAUGGGGAGAAGGAUAAGGGAAGUGUGACGCCUGGGGAGAAGUGA